AUGCCCCACAAACACACCAGACGGGAGCACGACCCGUCGUCAUUCGACCUGCCACCCAGCCAGAUCGCAAGGUCACUACCCGUCAACAAGGGCCGAAAUGCGCAGCAGCCAUCAGCGAACCCCAAAACACAAAACGAAGGUGUUUCCAAAAAGAGGAAGAACAAGAGCGAUGAUACGCCGCGUGCGUUCAAGCGUCUGAUGGCGUUCUCUCAGGGCAAGAAGCUUCGUUCAGGCUUGGACGACGGUCAGCCGACGAAGCAGCAGCAGAAGAAGAAGAAGAAUAAGGCGGAGAAGACGGAGGGAUCGACUGCGCAGGAACCCGAGACUGAUAUGCCAACAAUUCGUCCUGGGGAGAGGAUGUCCGACUUCGCCGCUCGCGUCGACGCGGCCUUACCCUUGUCUGGCCUGGUCAACAAGACUGCAAAGGACGGAAAGGACCCCGCUGGCCUCAAAGCCUACAGGACACGCAAGGAGCGCAAGAUGCACAAGCUGUACGAUCAAUGGCGGGAAGAGGAACGCAAAAUCCAGGAGAAAAGGGAAGAUGAGGCCGAGGAAGCUGCUGAGCGCGAGCUUGACGAGGAGAUCAACGGAGGAACCUUUGGAUCAUUCGGCAUAACGAGGGCGUCUAUGAUCGAGCCCGGCCAGGGCGCGAAGAAGAAGAAGAAGGGGAAGAAGGGCAGGGGAGUAGAUCGCGAAGAAGACCCAUGGGCGAUCCUGAAGAAGAAGCGCGGCGAGGUUAAAGUGGGCCUGCACGAUGUUGCCCAGGCACCGCCAGAACUUCCCAAAGCUGGCAGAGCAAAAUUGUUGGUGGACGGCGCCUCCGUGGACGUUUCCAACGUGCCCAAGUCAGCGGGGAGUCUGCGGCAGCGGGAGGAGCUUCAGCAAGUUCGAGAUGAUCAGUCGAGGAGUCGAGUUCGAUUUUCCAUUGUCGACCUGCCAUCUCAAUAUCUCAUCAAGUUUUCCAACAUUGUCAAUUCUCCCAAGAAUGCUAAAACGCUACGGCUCUUCUUCACCAUGUCUCGCGACCUCGAGCGACUGAUCGAGUCACUCAUCACUGACAUAUCUUGCUACGGCGACCUAGGAUGCACGGUCUCCCACGUCCUGGAAUCGCUCAGCGCUUUUUACGAGGACGCCGAGCUGAAGACCAAUGAAUCCGCGUUCGCACCUUACUCGUCUCCUACGAAAACCAACCAGCUCUUGUGGUCCACUGCGUGGGAAUGGCUCAAGGCGAGGAAGGACAUUUCUGUCGGGGCGAACCGUAAAUGGAACCACCUAUCUUUAUCGGAUAUUCUCAUCAUUCCAGACCUGGACUCUCAAAAUGCGCCGGCUCCGUUCCAGGCGGCGGGAGCUCACACCAGAGCCGAAGCUGUCGAUGAACUCCAGUCGAAGGAGCAGAACCAAGCCGCCCCGCGAAAGGACCUUCCUCGCAAACGGCCUCGCAUUUACGUGUCCGAGGAUCGUAUGUGGGAGUCUAUCGCCGGACAUGCGCCUGAUUACAGGAGAGUCCCCAGGCUGGAAUGGAUGGCAUUGGUGGGAAUUGCGUCGACGAAACACCAGGGAAUCCUGCAGGGCGAUCUAGGCCGGCUCGUCGGUCAGGACAAACGCUCCUUACCCAAGAGGACCGACGCCCUCGCGUCGAAAGGCUACAUCUCGAAGCGCACGACUCUCGUCAGAGGCACAAAAACGAGUAAAAUGUGGCUGACACACUUUGCCCCGACACUCCCGACGGACCCUACGAAAGCGGCUGCCGGUAUGCCUAGCGAUGUUGACAUGUCACGAGAGGCUCUCGCCAGCGAUCUCGAACCCGUGGCGUGGCGUGGCAGGUGGACAGGGGACUCGGUCGAUUACAUUUCCUUGGCUCAAACAAUAAUGGCGGUCGUGAAGGCCUACCGGAUCAUUAGAUACCAUGAUCUACGAUGCAAGCUCGGAAUUUUGGGUCUCAGGUGGCAGAUGAAGGUGGCAGCAAAGACUUGUCGCUUCUUCGUACAAACCGGCGCCAUCCAAUACGUGGGAGCAACAUUGUCAGGAAGGCUGUUCAAGGAUUGCCUCAAGUUCAGCCACGAUCUCACCCAUGAGGACUGGGCUGCCUAUUUGGCCACGGGAAAGCAAAAGAGCUCGACAUUCUUUUCCAGCGAUAUUGGAGACGCGGAGCUAUUCGCCGCUGACGGACUAGGUCAAUCGGAUGAGGUUGCAGAUGCUGCCGCGAAUCCAAGAUCCACCUCCCGACGUACUUCCAACCAAAAACGCGUUUCCAAUUGGUUUCCCGACAAGCCCUUGACCGUCUCUGUCUUUGACAAUAUAUUUGCUGCAGGUGCCGCAGGUCUCUCAAAUAAGCAAAUAGGCGACUCUACGCUAGGCCCAUCAUUCAGGAGAUACCUCUCCUCCAUCUCGUCGACCUUGGCCAUUUCCACGUUGCAGCCGGCACAUACUGGCCACUUCCAAGUUCUGAGCGAAAUGCAUCGCAAGGGAAAAUCACAGCAGUAUCGGUAUUUUGCGUCCCAGGAUGCACAGAACCUGCGACCAAUCCCAGCUGGCCAAAAUGAAAACAAGGCAGAAGCCGACAACAACCAGGUUGUGACGGAGGAAAUCACUGAUGAUUUGAGUCGCGUCUUCCCAAAUCCCUCCACCCUACCAGGGACUGCUGGCGCUGCUGGGGGCUUCACAGCACUCGCUCAAGGCCCUGGCAAGGGAAUGAACACCGGCACUCUGAAGCGAAAGGCUGAAGCCCUGGACUUCCCGCGGGCUGGCCAACCUCGUCGAGGGAAACGGGCAAGAGCGGCUGUUCCAACGUACAACGAGAGUCCAGAUGAAGACGGCUUUUCGCCAGCAUCUAUCAUUGAUGCAACCCCUACACCAUUGACCAGAAUGUCUACCCGUCGAGGCACAAGAGGGCGACCACAAGCCGAGGUGGAGCGCACUUCGUUGCUGGUUACACUCAAAGUCAACCCCGAUGCGUUAUCCAGUAUCAUGCGCGCACAAGCAGAAAAAACCGGAGGCACCGCGACGAACCAAGGUAGCACCGACAGCCCGUCGGGUAAAGUACUCGAAAUAAACACAGAUUCCGUCGACAACAGGCCUCCCGAUCAGGAGCGGGCCGUUGUCGCGGAUAACGAGAAGUCUGCCAUCGUGGCUCACAUAGCCCCUGAAGGCACUCUGGAGGUGAAUUCCUUGCAGCUAUUGGACGAGGCUGUGGCCGAGGGUUCUCCGGCAAGACGUGGCGGACGACGAGGAAAGAGAAAAGGGACGCAAAAGAAAGGGCGCGAUAACGACCGCGUUUUCAAAUGCGACCAGUGCGGUGGAACAUGGAAGAACGACAUUGGACUCAAAUACCAUGUCGAGAAGUCACGGACAACCUGUAACCCGAACUAUGUUCCUCCACCAACCGCACCUCCGGAGUUGGUAGACAGACUAUCCCUCCCGUCCAAAACAAGCGCGACAGCGCGCAAUAGCAGAUCCCGUGAAGAAAGCGCACCUGCUGUGGGACGAGCAGAUCAUACGACGAGGCUUCGAGCACCUCCUGAUGAUGAUGAUCCAGAGGACGCCAACUUUGACCCGGAAGAUGGGGAUGACCAUGACGGUUCAGGCAGCGCGAGCGCUUUGGUUCCUAAUCGCAGCACUCCUUCUAGGGGCAGAAGCAUGAGGGGUUCGCGGCAAAGAUGGUCUCACCCAGCCUCAGAGGCAAGAUUCGGAGCCAGAAAUCGAAGCAGUGGCCAACGCCAGCCCUCAAAGCCGUCCACUCUUCGGCCGCCAAUCUCCGCCAUCAAAACCUCCGUAAGCGGUCUGAUCGAUGAUGUAGCUGGUAGCGUCAGAGAUAUGCCCGCAGAGCAUGCUCCUGUUCAGCCAUCUUUCAAGCGCUCACGCCCCGACGAGACACCAAAGGCCAACUCGACAUAUCGCCGUGGCAAGUCGUGUACGGCAACUGCUUAUACUGAUGAGCCUUCGCCGUCCACGUCGACCGCUGGAUAUCAAUGCGCCGAUCAAAGUUCUUCAGUCUGGAGAUUCAGUGAACAGGCAGGCAUGGGGCCCUCAGAGCUAUCAAUCAUGAACACUUCUGCGAUAUCCCAAGCGGACGCAGUGCGCGCUAGCAUCAACGCCAAUGGGACUGACUCCGACCUUAUGGAGAGAAUUCUUACGCACAUACUUCGUGCGAACAGCGGUGUUUUCCCUGGCGGCCGUUCUGUCUGGUAUGCUGUGCUUGCCACAUGGGAAGUCGCAUUUCCAGCUGAGCCUACGCCGGCUCAUCAGAGCUACAAGGAUGCGUUGGCCAGACUAGCCAAGAGGAAAGAGGUCGUUGUUAGUACGCAUGCGUUCAAAGAUCACAAAGGAAGGAUGGCGAAUUACCAGCUUAUGAGAACCCCCGGGGUUGAGCCAGGAUCUCCAGCAGGUGUAGCCAUGAAAGCGGAAAUUAUAGCAGCGCAUCCAAAACCCUACACACCGCCUGCAUUCACUCCCAAGAAUGGACUGCCUGAGGAGGACAACAAAACCGCCCAACCUGUCUUUUCUAGCAGAAGAAAACUCGUCCAGGGAAUCGAGGUGCUCGAUGCGCCUUUCUACGCCAACAAGGCCGCAAAUGAACGGCCUCCUACCCCCCUUGAAGGUCAGACUCCGCGGAAACGCAAAAGGAGAAUGGUCACAAAGAAUCAAAUUGCCCACGCCGAGGACGACGGCGUGGACAGUACCCGUCGCAAAGAUAUAUUCCGCUUCUUCAUGGAUGGAAGUGAGGGGGCGUCCAGUGGGAUGGGCCGUUCCCUCUCUCCAGGAAUGGGCGUUUUCGCUACUCCUCUCGUCUUUCUCAAACCAAACACGUACUUGGGACAGGAUGUGCCAGAAGACGUCAGGCGCGCACUACUGCCACCCGAGGAGUUGGCCCCCGAUCCCACUUACCCGGAAGCGCCAGCUGAGCCCGCUGUGGCCGAUGACUACAUCCCCAGGUUCACCGAAACCAAUGUAAUCGCGGGUGAGAGUGGCACCUGGCCUGCCGUCGAUGAUGGGCUGUUCGAUGCUGAAGCCCGCAGUUUGACGAUUCGCGGUUGGAUGCCGGACUCUCGGUGGUUUUUGAAGCAGAACCUACCGCAAAACAUGACUGAAAUGGUCAAAUACCGCGGAAGACCACGGGCAAAGUUCCCGAGCAGCAGCCAAUACGCAGAGUUUUGUGAACUGGCCGACGGAUGCUUUGACUGGGAGCUGUCAACCGAGGGCAUGAAGCUUAUGCUUGCUGAAUCAAUAGCACCGGACUACAUUUUUAUCAAUCUCGGGGUUGAUGAUCUGCCUGCCGAAUGGGAAAACCCUCCUCUUGAUUGGAACUCCACCAAUCAGUUACGCUCGUCGCUUUUGUUCGACGAACGUACAUCAGAUCUUACUACGACUGCCGCCGAUCAUCUCUGGGGUGGUGACCUAGGCCGCCAACGACGAAAAAAGCGACGGCAGAAGCAGUCCAGAACCGAGACAAGAGACUUAGUUGUCGGCAUUGAUCUCAAAGUCCGGACACUCAUCACCUUACCCAAGGAUUCAGAUCUGAGAGAUGCGUCCAAGAAGAACAAUGGUCUUGAUGAAACCAAUGAGACCGUCUUGAUAGCAGCAUUUGUUGCGACCAGAACUCUUCUAGGAGGCGCCGAUAGAGUAAUCGAAUGGGGUCUCAUGAUGACUUUGUUUCCGGAUAUGGCUCUCAGUGCCAUGCGACGAUUCUGGUCCAAGGCCCGAAAGGAUCGAAGGGCGUUCAUCAACCAACUGACGGAACGGUUCCAGACCCGGUUCGUUCAUGCCUACGAAAACCAAGAAUUCCCGCCGAUCGACUUGGACAACUAUAUUGACUACGAUUGGGCCCGUCUGAUCAAAUGGACUGCCAACUUGAUCGAGGACUCAGUGGAACUGCCUGCGAGUAAGACUGCGCUGGCUCAUGGUUAUUCUCUCGCCUCUGCGUGGGCUGAUGCCGACAACUGGCGCGAUGACUACUACAAUUUCCAGAUGUCCGUAUUCAAUCGAUUCGAAGCCGCGACCUCACGUCCGGCCACUUCUCUUAUCGAUGGGAGAAACGAGUCCGGUCAUGACCGAGAUGCGAAUGACUUGGUGACGGCUAUGUCGUGGCUUCGGUCACUCUGCUACACGCCCCGGGACAAGUACGCACCCAUUGAUAUCCGGAAGAAGAUGGCUAGUAUUGGAGGCGGGGACGAAGAACGCAUUCAGAACUUGCUCGAGCAAGCAGUUGAGACGCUGCAGGGACAGGGCAUUAUCACGGACAGCAAGUUGAAGGCACUCGAGGGGCGGCCAUACCGACUUACAGAAACAUUCCUGCCAAGAUUCAAGAAAUGGACGCAGCAGCAAAAAUUCAUCGACGCGGCUCGUUUCAAGUCACGACUUGAUGGCAGCUUCCGGCGCGGCGAAAAGAUCCGCAUACCCUACGUCCUCAAGGAUGGCGAGGUCAUGGCGAUGAUGAAUUUGCAGGCAAGUGGCAGAGUUGAUGUCACGACUGUAGACGUUCCCAGUAUCCCGCUCGGCUUCGACCCGGGCAACUACGAGAGCAGAAAGUAUCCCAAGUCAUACUACAACUUCGGCUUGGAAAUAGCGCCCACUGAUGCGUACGUGUACGACGAGGGCCUAGGCAUCCUUCACCAGGCUAGAAGCAACAAGCCUCCUCGUGAAAACCAGAAUCGAGCCAUUCCGCUGUGGUCCGACUUUUUCGGAGAACUUGACAUCGAACGUUGGUCCCAGGUUCUCGGUGCUGUUGCGUUUGUCAUUGCAACGCGUGGUCCUUUGAACGUUCCUUCCGUCUGCGCCGUCCUGAAGCCCUACCUGCAAGAAUUCGAAGUUGAUCUAGUGUUCGACUGGGGAAGGCGCAAUGGCGUAUUGAAGGGGAUGGAGUACGGGACAAGCUGCACGGUGGACGAGUGGUGGUGGCUACUCGUGGGACGACAGCGAGGGGUACAAGCUGACCACAGUUGA